AUGUUUUACCUGAUUCCCACAACAAUGCUUAAAGGGAUACUUAGGUAUUUGGGGUAAUUUCCUACAUACCCAGAGUCAGACGAACACAUGGAUACCAUUUGUAUGUCUCUGCGUGCAGUUUGAAGGUAGCAUAUCGAAAUAACUUUUUUAUUCAGAGCCAUAUUUAUUUAUGCGAGAAUUGACUGAAGAGGAACUUGUGCAGUUGGACGCUGAGCGAGCAUGGAGGGAGGCUGAAUCAGCGGAGUUUGUAAAUGAGCUAACAGGAGCGGUGGCGAGAGCCAGGUCUGAGGGGGACUGAUGGUGCAACUGUGGGGCAUGUCAACCAAAGGCAAAUGACGAUGAGUGGUUGUGCUGCGCGGAGUGGGACUUUUUACUGCCAUCGAUUGGGGGGCUUGAUAUCUACAGCGUAGAAAGCAGCGCACCCAGAGACUGUGUAACAAACUCCGAUGACUUUUCUGUGCUCAUCAAUCCUGGCGUAAUAGAGACAUUCUUCCAUGUCCCAAAAAGAAACUGGAAGAAGCAGCCCAUACCUGCUGGACCGAAUGGACAGCUGUCUAUCGAGGAUGGAGUUCCCUGUGGACGUGUUGGGGUCAGUGAGACAUGAGGAGGAGGAGCAGGCAGCAGAGGGCUACAUGACCGAGCUACGAUACGUCAGCCCCGACAAGGCCGAGAGCUUUACCCUGCCCAGCCACAGAAUGAUCCAUAUCAGUCUGUGUAAUGUUGGUUUUGUUCCCAUCUAUGGAGGAGACCUGAAGCACAAGAUUCUGGCCCUGUUCGCCCCAGAGGACCAGCUCACAGCGGUAGCUCUGUUUCUGGCGGGUCAGUGGUGGUCUGUAGAGGACAUCCUCAGAACCUCCGACCCCUCCAGAACCGGCCUCCUCAAGGUGAGGAGUCUUGGUGAGCGGAUCGUCCUGUACAUUCUGAACCGUAUCGUGUACCGCGUGGGUGAGAUGGACAAACCUGAGGUGCCCUUCCUGUGCCACGGACAGAACCACUUCGCCAAGCUCCUCUGGAAGGAUGGACACGCCAUCGGUUUCUACUCUGUCAAACCCAAAGACAGCUUGUGUAAUGGCUUUGUGACCCAACGCUACCAGCUGCCUGUCAUGGACUCCAUCUUUGUCAGGAAGUGUCAUCGUGGAAACAGUCAUGGCCUGCAGAUGCUGGAGGACUUUGUGGACUCUUUCAAAGAUGACCAGCUCGGCCUGAAGUACCCUCUCUCUCUAACCAUGUAUAAAGUGUGUGGCCAGUAUCUGUGUCGGUACCCAGCUGACCAGGACCUGCUGUGGGUGGUAGAGGGAGUGGGAGGACCCUACCAGAGAGAGAGUAUGGCCAGCAAGAUCAAAGCACUGAAAGUGGUGCUCCAUGCGGUGACUGCUAAUGGAGACAACCAAGCAGCCUCUCUGGACAGCACAGACGUCAACAUGGAAGAGGGCUCAGACAACUGUCUGGACAUCACCGAGGAUGUUUUGGUGGUGAAUAAGCCUCUCAAGUUAAUAAAAGCCAUGGAGGGCACACCAUUAUCAACGCGUACCAGGAGUAGUGGACAUAAAAAGCGUGGCAGAGAAGAGAUGGAAGACUCUGAGGAGGAGAGCCUGCCUCUGAAGAUGAGCAGAUUGGAGGAGGCGGAGCCCACCACUACGGCUGUAGAGGGAGGAGAGGAGGAGGAAGGAAGAGAGGGGGGUGAGAUGGAGGAGUCUGGAGAGGCAGAGGCUGCUGUGGCCCCUGUAGAGGAGGCCAAAGCUCAGGAGGCUGAGGAGGUGAAAGGAGAACUGACUGAUGACCAGGGAGAGGAGGAUGAGGAGGUGCAGGAGGGAGUGGAGGUGGAGGGAGAGGUUGCCCUACAGGAGCCCGAUGCUGUGCUGGAGAACGGAACAACAGAGGAAGAUGUGGAAAUGAAGGAAGAAGAGGGGGAGGAGGCGAAAGAGGAAGACUCCAUUGAGGCUAAAGACACCGUAGAUGCAGCUUCUGUGGCAUCAGAGGAAUUGGCUGAGACGGAAGCUGUGGUGGAGAAGGAAGUGGAGAAGGAGGCUCCUCUCCUGUUAGUAGAAGAACCAGCCUCUGCUACAGAGAAGGCCCCCUCGCCUGCAGAGCCAGCCUCAGCAGAGUCCUCCAUCUCUGGGGAGGUGAGUGAGGAGGCAGGGGGCGAACCUCCAGCACCUUCAGAGGAGGCUGUAGCUACACCAAUGGAAGAAGGAGAGGAGCUAGAGGGAGAAAAGGAGGAGGAGGCGGAGAAAGCAGUGGAGGAAGACGAGAAAUCCAUGGAGGAGGCCAGCACAGUGGACAGCAGUAGCCAGGAAACGGUGGUCCAGGUGGGGGUAGCAGCCCUGUCCUACCAGCCUCUGGAGGAAGAAGAGAACCAGCCUCUCGCAGAGGAGGAGGCGAAGGAAGAGGUCAUGGUCAAAGAGGACAAAAAGAAAGAGGUAGAAGAGAUGGAGAACGUUUCAACCACAGAGGAUGAGAAAGAGGAGGUGGAGAGUGAGAGCUCAGACGAGGGUGGCGAGGGUAAGGUCCUUUGGAGGAGAGGUAGCGGCAGUGGCCAAGCGGCCCCUAAACGUAAAUCUAAGAGACUGAGCAGAGUGGUCAUGGAGCCCGAGGAGCAGGACACAGAGCAGCCGGAGGUCACGGAGGAAGAGGAGGAGAAAGCAACAACGACGGAGGAGGAAGAGGGGGCUGUAGAGAAGAGCUUGGCUGAGGAAGAGGAGGAGGAAGAGGAGCAGCCGCCAGUGAUUGACCAGAGGGCAUUGAGGAGGAAGAGCCGACAGGUCCAGACUCCAAAGAAAGCCAAAGGGAAACGAAGCAUCAAGAUAUAAACACACAUCAGCAGGCGUUGCAUAUAUAAACACACACACACACACACACACACACACACACACAAAAAACACAUGUUUAGAGGUGUGCGGUAAGGGAUGUUUUCUACCUGGUUUUAGGGUUUGUAAGGCAUCUAAAGUUCACUUGUAUUAUCUCUGUACGAGGUUGUUUAGAUGUUUACUUUAGGUCUUUUUUGUUGUACAUGAAUACUCAAAACUCGCUGUUGCAAUAAGUCAAUGUGAAGACUUUUAAUGUUCAGAUGUGAUUUUAUUAUUGUUUUUACUGCCUUGUUCUUUAGGUACUGACUGAGAUUGAGUUUCACAGGCCUGUUGUGGUGGUUUGAAGGUGAUUUCCAUGUUCUCCUAUAGCCUGGUCCUACACUGGGUCUGUGACUGUUGCAUUUAUACUAUUUAUACUAUUUAAAUAGUUUGGGUUGAAAUGCACCUCUUAGUUCGGAGUUCUUGCAGGAGUUAUUUUAUAAAAAAGUAAUUGAAGUUCUGUUCCAAUGAAAGCCAGCGGACCCAGUUGCUCUCGAAGACCAGGUUUUGCUACACCCCCUGUUUAAUGACGACCAGUAACUUGUAUUAAGGAAUGAAACGUUCCAAAAAUACCUGGAGUUUUCUCCGUGUUGCACACCACAUAGCUGUCUUAUCUCUUGGAGUGAUGAGAGUAUUGUUUUCGGAUGUGCUGAAAUACUUUUUAUUUAGAAAAAGCUGUGAAUGAACGUCAAUUAUAAUAUUUAGUUUGCACGGCACAGACACACACACACAUGCACACAAAAACAUGUAUACCCAGUAACUGAAUUUUGAAUAGGAAAAAUAGAUUUGGUCAUUAUUAAUCUUGCCCAAGUAUAAUUCAAGAUUAUAAUUUAUACUUUAUCUUAUAAUUAAUAGCAUGUUUAAUUGCAAGUGUAUUGGAUAUAAGCAUAAAAGAUGUAUAUUACAAUAACUAGAUGAUAGCAGAAUUCUGAAGUGAAUGUGACUCUAUAUACCAGUGAUAUGUUUUAUAUACACAGUUGUAUAAUGGCACAACAUUCACUGUUUAGAAACGAACAUUUGCUACCCAAGUUUAGUUAUUUCCCGCGUGAAUUUGAUGCUGUCAUUGACAAUGUCGGUUCACUAGUAGAGGAUACAUUGAGCAAAGAUGUGAAGCAGAAUCCAUCAAUGGGCUGUUGAUGUACCAUGGAUAUGGGUCAAUAUAUAGAACGUACACUUGGGCCGUAUUCAAUAAGCACCAAACGGAAGAAAACAACCUUAAACAGGGAGCGACUACCUUAAAGUGGUUUUUGUUUUCCUUUACAAAACGUUUUGCGACAGUGUGCAGUGAUGAAUAUGACCUGUGUUGAGGGAUGGCAUUCCCCAGUGUUUGAGAUGGUUCUUGCCAGUUGCAUUGACUGUAAAGGUGCUUUCCUCUGUAUGGAAGGAAACCUGUUAUAGAUUUGGCAGAUCGUGUCAAUGCAACUGUUGGAUGUUAUCCAUAGAAAUAGAAUAUAGGGAUUCCCCUUUCUAUAAAUUAUAUUUCUAUGAUGUAAACUUCCUUGAUUUCAGAAUGACAAACUCUUUCACAGAUGGUGUUUUUAGUGGAUGAGUUGGGUGUCUCCCUACUACCCAAUAUCAGUAAAGCUGCCACUAUUUAUCCAUUGUUAGUCUAUUGCCUGUAUAACAUAUUUGUAAAAGGCAAAGUAUAUCUCUAUUAGUAUGACUGCUGUUUGUUAGCUAUAGCUGUGUCCAGGCAGGUCAUGUAAAAUACUAAAAAGAAGCUACAUCGUAAAACACCUGGUGGAUCUCAAUAGUCUACAGGGGUUUCCUCUCCUUCAUCUGCACUGAUCUGAAAACUAGGGAUAAGUUAAAGCAAUAUGGCAGAAACCUACCUGGGGAUUUUCCAGAUCAGUGCAGGUGAAGGAAGGAGACGAGUAGAGGAUGCCACUCUAGACUGUUGAGAUGCACCCCAUGUGUUGAUUGUGUAAAUACCAGUUGUUUCAACCACUACUACACUUGUGGGUUGAUUCCUUUACGUAUAUUGCUAUCAUCUACCUGCUGAUACUCUGACCCUGGUCCCCCUAAAUGUGAAUAAAGGCUUAUUAUGAUGUCUUAACUCAGAUAUAUGGAAUGUUACACAGCCAUGUUAGUUCUGGUUGUUUUCUGUUUGAAUGUGUUCUGGAUAUAAGGAAACACCAGAGGGAGCCAGAGGAGGAGUCAUUGAGCUGCAUUUAGUAUAGUAUGGCCUGGAUUACCGUUUUUCAGAUCUUGGUGGUGCUCACAUUCUGCCUCAGUUGGCUGCUGUGGUCCCACGGUCUUCUGUGUCUAUGGUGGUUUUAUACAGGCUUCCUAGAUAUCUGUCUGACUGGGUUUGUGCUGGGGCGAGCUGAAAACUAAGGCUGGCUUACCCCAGGGCUGUGUUCAGUGAGGUGCGAUGUUACAGAAGGUUAAGAUUGAAAGAUAUUAUGUUAGCUGGGUAUAAGACACGCCUGUCUGCAAUGUUCAGAAUGUGGCAUCUUCCUGAACGUACCCUUAUACUCUAAAUCUUAUUGACCUCAUUCACAACCAAUAGCCAGAAUAUGGCAGGCUUUAGUCUGGCUGCGUUCCAAAUGGAAAAUUAUUCCCUAUAUAGUGCACUAUAAAGGGAACAGGGUGCCAUUUAGGAUACACUUAUGUUUGUUCUGUUGAAUGUUUUCAGUGAUCAGUUUGUGGUUGGAGAGAUGGACAGUUUGUGUUGACACCAAUGUUAGUCACGUCUGCUAUGGGAGUGGUUUCGUAUCAGGGUCUGAUUCAGUAUGAGAACUUAUGCACUCACUAACUGUAAGUUGCUCUGGAUAACAGAUAACAGCGUCUGCUAAAUUACUAAACAUUUGAAAAAAUCAGGGACUGAUUCGGUUUAAAAUCAGUCAAUUCAGGAGAAGAAUCGAAAUGAAAUUAAUGAAUGGAAUGUUUAUUUUCCUAUGAUUUCGAAAGAAAGAAAAAUGUGUGCUUUUUUGAAUGAUCCCUGUCUAUGCAAGGGACCUUUUUCUCCAGUGAGUUUUAUUUUUUAACUAAUUUAGAUUUAAACUAAUUCCUGCAUCUUGUCACUUUGACAUAAUCUGCCUCUUGUGAUGUUACUGGGCCAUUACUAUUGGUUUCUCAGCUGUUUUAGUAUGGACUACUGUUUAUCUUAUUAUUAAUAUAUCUUAUCUUUCAAUCUAUGAUUUCCUUGUAGUUAAUAAAAAAACGUAUUUUUUUCUGAGAUUA